CAAAGUACUCGACUGCGCUAUGGUCCACACCCCAAAUUCCUCGCCUAAACCUCCAAUUUCGGUUUGUAAACAGAUUGGAGCAAGACUUUUUCUACAACCUCCCCCCUCUCAAACCCUCGAAUACCUGUCCUCUAUGACUUCGAUAAAUCAAUUGCUCGAGGCUUAGAACUGCGAGCUGUACAGGGCCAUAUUUUAUUUACAUAGAUUCUCUUGCCUUGUGCUCCUUUUGCAGCGUUUAUUUGAUUCGAGCGGUUAGCCUUUCGACAUGCAGUUGUAACGAUUUUUCACGACGUAUAUAACGACUUUGAGAUACCCCGCGCAGCGCAAAAAAGAAACUUGGUUAUUGACGAAGAUUCUCCCCACGGUCUGGUCCUACCCGAAGUCCUCGCUGCUGGACACAGUCCUCUGUUCCUUCUGGAACACACCACGUACGACAGGCGAUGAACCCACCGCCUCCUCCCCCCCAUGGGGAGGCCCCCAAAUCAUCGGGGCUUCCUCCGGGGAAAUACGACAUCUUUAUCAUUCCACCGCACUCCUCAGGCUCGGGCUUCCUGUACCUGCCGUCGCUAAAACCCAACGUCAACAGCUUCGCCGCGGGCUUUGCUUCAGCUCUCAUACUCGUCGCAGUAGUAUCGGCGUUGAUGCCAACACUUCAAUUAUGGUGGUACAGCGUCAAGAACACAGGCGGGAACGGGAUGUUCAUGGUGUCGAUCGGACUGGCUAUAGGGGCAUGGGCAUUGGGUCGCAUGCAAUCUGAUGGAAGGACUGGGGGAAAUGGAGGAAACAACGGCGGUGGUGGUGGAGGUGGUGGAGGGGGGGGCGGUGGCGGCGGCGGCGGCGGCGAUGCACCCCCUGGAGGUCCUCCACCCCACCAAGGUCACCAGAAUAGUCACCAGAAUGGCUACGCACAAGGAGGACCUCCUCCGCAACCUAGCGGCCAUGCGCCACCGCCAAAUCCUGGGCCUCAGCCGGGCUACAACCCAGGACCACAACAUAACCAACCACCACCGAAGUCAAGCUGGCAGCGAUCGAAUGCGCCACCCGGCGGUACGAAUGCGAAUACUGGUGGCUAUGCGAACACAGGACCGAACACAGGGGGCUAUACAAACACAGGACCGAAUACAGGGGGCUAUCCAAAAACUGGACCGAGUACAGGAGGAUAUCAAAAUCCAAACUCAGGGGCGAACACAAAUUCUAAUGCGAAUUCAAAUGCAAACGCAAAUGCAAAUGCAAAUGCAAAAUCCGGGUGGGAAAAGGCGCGCGAGGAAACUCGCAAGCGAGAAGAGGAGCGCAAGGUCGCCGAGGCCCUGCGCCAGAAGAAAGAGGAGGAUGAGAAGCGGUUGAAGGAGGCGCGGGAGAAGGAGGCCCGAGAGAGGGAAGCAAGGGAACGUAUCGCGAGGGAGGCUCGGGCACAGCGGGAAGCUAGGGAGAAGAGGGAGAAGGACGAGAAAGCAAAGAAGGCAGAGGCUGAGAUGGUUGCUCAGAGAGCUGCCGAGAGGGUUGUUGCUGAGCGAUUAGCUGCUGAGCGGGUUGCUGCUGAGAAGGCUGCUGCUGAGAAGGCUGCUGCUGAGAAGGCUGCUGCUGAGAAAUUGGCUGCUGAGAAGGCAAAGCCGAGGGGGAGCACAUAUGCAUACUCUGCUGUAGGUGAGAAAACCAACCCCUGGCCAAGAGGACAACCUCCUUCCCCAGCGUCUGCAUCUCCACGACCAACCCCACCACAAGCAUCUCCGACCAAGCGUCCACCGGUCGCAACAGCGCGCACAUAUCUAGGCACCGAGAACGACUACUCCUACCGCCCCUACGACAAGCCCGCACACAAAAAAGCCACAUCCUCCGUCUACUCGGCCUCCUCCUACGCCGCCUCCCAGUCCACCGCGCGCACAACACCCCCGCCCUCAAUGCGUGGCGCAUACUCCACCAAAGACCCCGAUAAAAUCGUCCUUAAGGCCGUCUACGCCUUCAACAACGCCUUCAUGAAAACCCCCACCUCCAUGCUCGUCUCGGGCACCGGCUCCGUAACCGACGGUCUAAUCCUGCGCAUCACCACCGAGGGUCUCUUCAUUGAUGAUGACGUCCGCGGCGUCCCCCAGCGUGAGUGGGACGUCAAGGCCUGGACUAUGAAACUCGUAGAGACUGGACAGUUUAAGGGGGGGAGGUUGCAUGUGUUGAGGGCGAGUAUUAGGGAUCAGGAGGGGAGGAAGUAUGUUUUUGUUAUUGGGGAGGAGGAGAGCUGGAAGGUGGCGGUGGGGUUGCAGAGGUUGAGGAAGGGGACGCAGGUUAGGCAGCUCGGGGUGAGUGGGAUGAGUGCGGGGGAUGCGAAGGUGACGCUGGAUAAUUUGGGAUGGGGGUGAGGAGGCGAGGAGGAUAGGGGGGGUGUGGGGAGUUUUGUAGAUAGGUGGACGACUUGUGGAAGUACAGUACGCAGAGCGGUUACGCUAUCUUUGGCAUAUUGAUACAUCAGCGUGGUGGGGUUGGGUUCAUAGCGAGGGAGUUUUGGGGGUCAAAGUUUGAUGUUUCAGUGCUGGUAAAGCUUGUUGGUUGGUGUAUACGGAGGGUUGCCAUAAGUAAAUGUGAGAAAAAUACAGAUUGGACAAAGAUUGCAAUGGUGGAAUCUUGACAUAGGAGCAUGAUUUGAGACCUGUAAAUCUAUAAGAAUAACGGUGUUCUUUGUGUCAAGGUAUCAUAUGGGCACAUCAGAGUCUGGGGCUAAAAGAUUGAAUGGAUCCGGGAAGGAGUUAUGAGAGGGACGGGGCGUUAGCAGGAAGGAGCUAUGGAUGCAUGCAUUGGUGCUUGGUGGUGGCAGGAG